ACACAUGAGAAUUCACACAGGUGAGAAGCCUUUCUCUUGUGGGACUUGUGGAAAAAGUUUCUCACAAAAAGGACAUUUAUCUUAUCACCUGAGAAUUCACACAGGUGAGAAGCCUUUCUCUUGUGGGAUCUGUGGAAAAAGAUUCUCUCUGAAAGGCCAUGUAAAUGCUCAUAUGAAACUUCACACAGGCGAGAAGCCCUUCUCAUGUGAGACCUGUGGAAAGAGUUACAGUGAACGAGGGACUUUAACUAAACACAUGAGAAUUCACACAGGUGAGAAGCCUUUCUCUUGUGGGAUCUGUGGAAAAAGUUUCUCUCGGAAAGGCCAUGUAAAUGCUCAUAUGAAACUUCACACAGGCGAGAAGCCCUUCUCAUGUGAGACCUGUGGAAAGAGUUACAGUGAACGAGGGACUUUAACUCGACACAUGAGCAUUCACACAGGUGAGAAACCUUUCUCUUGUGGGAGCUGUGGAAAAAGUUACAGUAACACAAGUUAUUUAUCUCGUCACAUGAAGACUCACUCUGAUGAGAAGCCAUAGGUCCAAAACAGAUCUGAUCCAAUUUGGCAUCUAAUCUUAUGGAAAAUCUGGUCAGAUGAUGUAAACAGCAAGUUGAACAUAUUAAAGUCAACAGAUUCUUGCAGGCUGCUAGUGAUUCACUGUGAUUGUGUCUUUCACUGUCUGACCAAGAUAAACCUGAGGUCUACUUUUGCCUAUCAGCUUGUUUUCCUUAAUCCAGUUUUUUGUUUUAAUUCUCAGUCGUAUUUGUACUUAAGAUCCCCAUCAGUAUCCCAUUAGAUACUGAAGUUAAAGAGGGGAACACAUUCAGACUGGAUUAAUUUCUGUGCAUUUCAGUUUUCAUGGAGUUCUGUACCAUGUAGAAUAAUUGAGUUUAGCUUUUAUUUGAAGUUUCUGUGUAUGACUGGAUGUAAAAUACUUUAGAAAUGAAAGCAGUGAAAUGUUCUUGUUUUUCCAUAAAUAAAACUCUAUAAUGUUUAUUUGAAAAAAA